UUUGCGAUCCCGAGUCAGAUUUAUUCGAUCCCAAUGAAUUGUUACACAUGCGCCUUUUUGUAUCUCACCGUGACGCGGGAAUUUCAUGUCUGAGGAUCGGUCUGUCUCGGUCAGUUUGUCGACAUGCCUGCUAUCAGCAACGCCGUUGUCGCUCGCGACACCCUCAACCACAUUGUCCGUCGUGAAAACUGGGCUCAACAAGAACCUGGCGUUAUCGUCGUCUUUUGCAUUGUUUUCGUCGUCGGUGUUGGUCUAGUCGGUCUAUUCAUAUCGAAGGCUAUUUCCAAGCGAAGAGCAAAGAAGGCCGCUCUCCCCUCGUAAAGGGCUAUUAAUGAAGAGGAUGAGGGUGAGGUCUAGGGGAAAGGG